CCACGCCACCUUCUCCCUGGGCGGUUACGAGAUAGGAAAAAGAAGGAGGGGCGGACACGCCCCUUCUUCCGGUGUUUUGCCUUCGUGCUGCGUGUACCGCGCGUGUCGGCAUCUCAGUGGACGGAGUGAGGGCGGAGGACAAUUCAGCCCGCCUCGUUUACGUUGGGUCUUCCCUGGACUUUCCUGUUUGGGGAACAUUGCAGCAGCAGCUUCCGGAGCCAACACCCGCAGCGGUCAUCUGUCAAAUUGGAAAGCAGCUCCCACACUAGCAGCCUCGCACUGGGAACUCCAUCUCCUCCCUGUCGGAACAGCUCCCCUUAUACCCCAGAAGAUCCAGACUCACAGCAUCCUACUGAGUCUUCAGAGUGGAUACCUAGAGCACUCACAACUGCUCGCCUCACGCAGCACCUGGGACUUUGACCUUUCUGUGCAGUCUCAUACUCCAUAUAUACAACAUUGGUGAAAAAGACCUGCGUGCCUAUACUGAUAUUUAAACCCCCCAAAAUGGCCAAACGGAAAGUGGACUUUGAAAACAGAUGCUUCCAAAAGAGGUGGGAGGCAGAAUACCUGUUUGCUGACAUUGAUGGUAAGGCCAUGUGCCUUGUUUGCGGAGCUCAUGUGGCUGUACUUAAAAAAUAUAACAUGAGACGGCACUAUGAGACGAAACAUGAGGACAAGUACAAACACAUGGACAUCCAGCAGAAGCUAAAGAAGGUGGAAGAGUUUAAAAAGAGUCUGAUGAUAAAGCAACGUAUGUCCAGAAAAGCAAAAUCACAAAGUGAGGCUGCUGUGAAAGCUAGUUUUAUAGUGACAGAAGAGAUAGCUAAAUCAGGCCGGCCAUUUACAGAGGGGGAGUUUUUGAAGCGCUGUAUGAUUAAAGUGUGUGAAGUCUUGUGUCCAGACCAAAAGCAAGCAUUUUUGAAUGUAAGCCUCAGCAGAAAUACUGUGGCUGAUCAGAUAUGUGAGCUUGCCACUGAUUUACAAGUACAGUUAUUUGAAAAAGGAAAAGAUUUCAUUGCAUAUUCCCUUGCUGUGGAUAAGAGCACUGACAUCACUGGCAUGGCACAGCUGACAGUCUUCAUCCGUGGAGUGGACUCAAGUUUAUGCGUUACAGAGGAACUUCUGGAUAUGAGAUCAAUGCAUGGCACUAUCACAGGAAAAGACAUAUUUGAAGCAGUAUCUAAAUGUGUAAAUGACAUGAAACUGCCCUGGGACAAACUUACGGGACUGACAACAGAUGGAGCACCUUUGAUGUGCGGGGAAGAGAGUGGAUUAGUGGGAAGGAUGCGAGAGAAGAUGAAGAGUGAGAAUUGUAUAGGUGAGCUGAUAGUAUAUCACAGCAUCAUACACCAGGAAACACUAUGUGGCAAAGCCCUGAAAAUGGAACAUGUAAUGAACACUGUAACACAGAUAGUUAACUUUAUAAGAGCCAAAGGUUUAAAUCACUGUCAAUUUAAGUCUUUUCUGGAGGAAAUAUAUUUUGAACUUGGUGAUCUGCCCUAUCACACAGAGGUGCGAUGGAUAUGUCAUGAAAAAGUGCUCAGUAGAUUUUUUGAGUUGCGUGAGGAGAUCUGUCGGUUCAUGGAAAGUAAAGGAAAAGACUCCACAGUACUGCAGGAUGAAGAGUGGCUGUGUGAGUUAGCUUUUCUGUGCGACAUAACUAAGCAUCUCACUGCGCUAAACUUUCAGCUUCAGGGACGGCACCAUGUGAUCACGGACAUGUAUGAUGCAGUGAAUGCCUUUCAGGUUAAGCUGCAACUGUGGGACAUUCAGAUGCAGCAAGGAAACUUGGGUCACUUUCCCUGUUGCCAAACAAUCAUAAACCAAGUCUCCACUGCUGUGUUCUCACAUACUUAUUUUGGUGACAAGCUCAACACACUUCACAUGGAGUUUACCCGUCGCUUUGUUAAAUUUGAAGGACAAAAAUUCAAUUUUGAACUGCUCAGUAAUCCAUUUGCAGUUGACGUGGAGAAAGCACCUGUAAAUAUCCAGAUGGAGCUGAUAGAACUCCAAUGUAGCAGCACACUUAAGGCAAAGUAUGAUUCUGUAGGGCCCAUACGGUUCAGCAGGUUCAUCCCUGAAACGAUGCCCCAACUCCGCCUACAAGCUGCUCAAAUGCUCUGCAUGUUUGGUAGUACAUAUGUCUGUGAGCAUGUUUUCUCUGUGAUAAAGGUGAACAAAAGCGUACACAGAAGUCUUCUCACUGAUGAACAUCUCCACUCUGUCCUGAGAGUUUCCACAGCUCAGAACCUAUCCUCAAACAUAGAUGAACUUGUAAGCAAAAAAAUAUGCCAAACAUCUGGCUCGGACAAAACAGAGAAAGAGAACUAAAUAGCUUAUGCUUUUUCUUUGUUGUUGCAGAUUUAUUUGAAGUAUUUGAAUUGAAUGUUAAUCUUGUUUGGUCUACAUUUUAGACAUAAUGCACUCCUGAACUAAUAUGAUACAUUGUCUUACAUGCAACUGGCCCUUUGAGGGCAACCAUAAUGCUGAUACGGCCCUCAAUGAAAUUGAGUUUGACAACCCCUGCUCUAAUGUAUGCAUCCACCUACCCAGCACAUGCAUGCAUGCACACCAAUCUGAAGUCCUUCAACAGACUGCUUGUAUUUGCCAUGAUCAGUCCUACAAUCUUAAGCCUUCUAUGAAGCACUUCAGGUGCAAGGGCAAAACGUGUUUUCUAUGUUCAAUUCCUUAAUGUAGCUGCAUAUGGUAAAAGGAAUUGAGGCAAGUGCUUUAUGGGUGCCCUUAUAGACACUGUUAUUUCCCAACCUCAGCAACUAUAAGAUGUGUAGGCUUUAUAUCCCAGAAUUUCCCAGCCAGUAGAGGAAUAAUAUCCUGCUGCAGAGAAGGAUAAUUUUAAAUCCUGUUUAUUAGCAAAUAUCAAUAAAGGGACCCCAUUACAAGAUUCUCCUUUACUAUCAGUUUUGAUAACUUCUAUCAAAAGAAGAAAGUUCUGGAAUAUGACAGCACUGGAGGAUAAUGGGUUCCUGGUAGCUUCAUGUUUGAUUCUUCUCAAAUCUUUGGCAGUUAAUGUGCAUCUUUUUUUCUCAUCACAUUUCUUGCGACCCUGUUGACUAUUUGCAUCAAAACAUUUGAUGGUUCUGUGAUCAUGCCCCAAUAUCUUAGCAAUUUCAAGAGUGCUGCAUUUUUGCCUGUGAAAAUAUUUACAGACCCCUUGCAUCCUGGACAUAAACUGUUUUAACUCCUAUCCUCAAAACGAUGCUAUAGAGCACUGCACACCAGAACAACUAGACACAAGAACAGUUUUUUCUCGAACGCUAUCACUCUGCUAAACAAAUAAUUCCCUCAACACUGUCAAACUAGUUACUAAGUCUGCAUUACUAUUAAUCUUCUCAUCGUUCCCAUCACCCAUCUCCUCCCACUUACGACUGUAUGACUGUAACUUUGUUGCUGGUAUCCUUAAGAUUUAUAUUGACUGUUUCCCUAUGACUUAUCAUUAAGUGUUGUACCUUAUGAUUCUUGAUGAAUGUAUCUUUUAUGUGCACCGAGAGUGUAUGUACCAAAACAAAUUCUUUGUCCAAUGACACUUGGCCAAUAAAGAAUUCUCUUCUCUUCUCUUCUCUUCUCUUCUCUUCUCUUCUCUUCUCUUCUCUUCUCUUCUCUUCUCUUCUCUUCUCUUCUCUCUUUUUUGACCCAUUUUACCUGAAGAAAAGGAGCUGCCUAAUAAUUAUGCACACCUUGAUAUAGGGUGUUGCUCGCCUUAGGCCACACCCUCCCCAUUACACAAAUACACAUUACCUGAUAUACACUUACACGGUGUAGUAAUAAUAAAAAUUGUUUCCAGCUCUCUAUUAUCCUCUUCAAUCUUUCCUUUUCUUGCUAGCUCCUGCUGAUAUGUUUUAAUUAAAGUCUUUAUUAAAGGCUCUUUAAGACAUUCAA